AUGAACUCCGACACAGAAAGAUCCAUUGGCUUGGAAAAACGCCAUGUCAAAGACACCGACGACUUCGUCAACAGCUCCGAGGCCUUCGAAGACAUCAUCUCCGAAAAGGACAAGAAUGAGGUCAAGAGAAGCUUGCAGGCAAGACACAUUUCCAUGAUUGCCCUCGGUGGUACCAUUGGUACGGGUCUUUUCAUCUCCACCAAGGGUCCGAUCUCCACCGGUCCUGGUUUGGCCUUGAUUUCCUACAUGUUCAUCACCACAUUGGCCUACUCGGUCACCCAGUCCUUGGGUGAGAUGGCCACCCACAUUCCUGUUUCCGGUUCGUUCACCCAGUUCGCUGCGCGCUUCUGUUCGCCAGCCUUGGGUGUUGCCAACGGUUGGAACUACUGGUUCUCGUGGGCCAUCACUUUCGCGCUUGAGGUGUCCAUUGUGGGCCAAGUUAUUCAAUACUGGACCACCGCCGUUCCUUUGGCUGCCUGGAUCACCAUUUUCUGGGUUCUCAUCACCUGCUCCAACAUGUUCCCUGUUCGUUUCUACGGUGAAAUUGAGUUCUGGAUCGCUGGUAUUAAGAUUCUUGCCGUCAUGGGCUGGAUCAUCUACGCUUUGUGCAUGGUCUGUGGUGCCGGUGCCGGUGGCCCUGUUGGCUUCAGAUACUGGAGAAACCCAGGUGCUUGGGGUAAUGGUACCAUCAACGGCGAGGCUCCCUGGGAAGGCGUCGUUUCUGCCAUGCCUACCCAGAGAUUCUUGGCCUGGUUGUCUUCUUUGAUCUCCGCCUUGUUCACUUUCUCCGGUGUCGAGUUGGUCGGUAUCUCCUGUGGUGAGUCCGCCAACCCAAGAAAGACUGUUCCUGCUGCCAUCAAGAAGGUCAUCUGGAGAAUCAUUAUUUUCUACGUUCUCUCCGUCUUCUUCAUGGGUUUGUUGGUUCCUUUCAACGAUCCAGCUUUGGAGUCCCUGGAGCACAUCACCGCCUCUUCUCCUUUCAUCAUUGCUAUCAGAAACUCUGGUACUCCAAUUUUGCCAAGUAUUUUCAACGCAGUCAUCUUGAUGGCUGUCGUCUCUGCCGCCAACUCCAACGUCUACUCUGGUUCCAGAAUCUUGUACGGUUUGGCUCAAGCCGGCGCUGCUCCAAAGUUCUUCCUUAUUGCCACCAAGAGUGGUAUUCCAUACGUUGCCGUUCUUUCGACUGCUAUUUUCGGUGCUUUGGGUUACCUCGUUCUUUCCAACAGUGGUUCCACUGUCUUCAACUGGUUGUUGAACAUCACUGCCGUUUCCGGUUUGAUUGCCUGGGUUAACAUCUCCUUCUCCCACAUCAGAUUCAUGAAGGCUUUGAAGUUCCACAACAUGACCAGAGAAGACUUGCCAUUCAAGGCCGCCUGGAUGCCUUACCAAGCAUACUACUCUUUCAUUUUGGGUUUCAUGUUGGUUUUCGUCCAAGGUUUCUCUUGUUUCUACCAGUUCAAUGCCACCGGCUUCUUUACUGCCUACAUUUCCGUGAUUUUGUUCAUUGUGACCUGGUUGGGUGCUCAUUUCUACUUCAACGGUUUCGGAAAGAAGGCUUUCACUAUGAGAGCUUGGUUGGUUCCUUUGGAAGAGAUGGACAUCAUGACCGGCUCAAGAGACCUCGACAACGAGGUGUGGGAAGAGGAGGAUCCAAACGUUAAGAAGUCUAUCUUCAACAGGAUCUUGUCCGUGAUUUUGUCCUAG